UGUACACUGCAACAGUAUUGAUAAAUCAAAGCAAUUGUUGAUAAUUUACUUUAAAAAUGCCUGUCAAUGAUCAUGAUGACCUAAGAUUUAACAAAUUAUUUUUUUCAAAAUAUGAAUACAAAUGAUUGUGUAGAUUAUUGCAAAGAAGCCUAACAUUGCAUGCAUAUUCAAAAAGAAAAUUAUGACAUUAAGAAAAUGAAAAAAAAAUAUAGAUGCGAAAUGUUUGAUAUGUAAUUAUGAUACAAUAUUGUGAAAAUUGCAGAUGCUGAAAAUAAAGGAUAUUAAAGACAAAGAUGUUAAACAUCUGCCACCAUCCCCUUCAGUGAGAGGAGUUGUGCUAGAUGUCAGUGACAUAGAAAAAUCACAAAAUGCCCAAUACAAAGAUAAAUUCUUUGCAAUCAUUGCUGAUGAAACUGCUGCAGUAUCUGUAACAGUGUAUGAUCCAAACAAAAGAAACAAAUUUAUUAAGGGAAUGGCUGUAGUUCUAAUGAAUGUUCUUGUGAAGCAAAAUUUUAUAGCUGUUACAAGCAAAACAGAUGUGGGAAUUGCAAGACCAUUCUCUAUCCCUGAUGAUGUUAAGAGUGAAGAACCAACCCUUGCUGGACAAACAAUGACCUUAAAAGCUGCACUAGCUUCACCUGUGAAAACACUACUUACAGUCAAGGGAAAAGUUGUUAAGUUGUCACCAGCAAGCAAGAAAAGGGUUGAGCAAAAUGAUGUAAAAUUCCAAGAGGUAAUUCUGAAAGAUAUUGAUAGUCAUGCAACAGUUGCAGUGUGGGACUCAAUGGUAAAUACUAUUGAAAAGGGAGAAUGUGUGCAGAUUACAAAAUGCAGGGUGCGUUUGUUCAACGAGCAGAAAAGGUUAACCACUACAAGAUCAUCCCAGUCCGAGGUCACCUGA